AAUCACACAGCCAAAAAUGGAUUCAAUUAGAUUUGGAUUUAUAUAAGAUAUAUCUGAUACUGAAAGUUAAACCUAAUCUUGGAGUACUGAUGAUUCUAGCAUGAGAAAUUCCAUAUAAGAUUUAACAGAAGAUAUCAAUAAUAAUCUAGAAUAUAGAAUAUCUCAAUAUUUGAAUGAUCUCAAUAUAGAAACAUUUACUAAUCCAACUAUUAAAGAGGAUAUUUACAAUUAUUAGUUAAAAUAAAAAGUAGUAAGAUUUUUAAAAAUAUUUAUAGUUUAAAUAUUUUGAUACUUUUCAGUCAAACUUGGAAAAUAGUAAGCUUUUGAAAAAAAGAAAAUAACACAUCAAAUGA